AUUGAUCAAAGCAGUAGUUUACAGUAGGAAAACAUGGAGCCCAUCUCGCACCUCGUUAAAGUAUCUCUCCCCAAUUAUUUAUCUGGAUUACCAAUUCCAGACUCGAUAGGAGGAUGGCUCAAACUUGGAGUGCGAGAUUGGGUUUCUCUCAUCCCACCGACUGCUCUGGUCGCCGGUAUGGGGUACAUGGCCUAUCACACCUGGUGUCCUGAGGCCAAAACUAAAGUUGCUAUAAGAGCGAAAGUUAAUCACAAAAUUAAGAAGGACGUUGCCAAGGUUGUUGACAUGGUCGAUGUUGAGGAUAUCACGGAGAAGACUGUCUUCUGUCGUUGUUGGAGGAGUGAGAAUUGGCCUUACUGCGACGGUGCCCAUGGUCGUCACAACGAAUCCUCUUGUGAUAACGUAGGUCCCCUCGUCAUUACUAAGAAGAAGUAAAUGUAAGCCAAUAAUGCAUUUAUGAUAAAUCAACAGAGGCAACUCGAUUCAUAGUGAAAAUCUAAAUGAAAUCAUUGCAGUUAUUACGCCUAAGUUCAUUUUUCUUUUUUAAAUGAGAGUUUUAUCGGCUGUUUGUACAACUUUACACGUCUUGCCUGCCCAGUUUUCUUUUAAAUACAUUACUUGAGCGUAAAUUGUUGCGUGUAAAUACUCUUAAUGGAUUAGAUACGAAUUUAGGGGUGUGCAGGGUCUAAGAAUUACUGCUGAAACAAUAAAUUCAAUGUUACCAUUAUAAAAUCAUGUAAAA